CGGCACACGGGAUUCGGACAGGGGGGGAUCUGGUUUUAGGAGAGUUUGAAGAGCGAUUACAGAGAUAUUAUGCUGCACCGCGGAGAGGCACAGGCACUGGCUGUUGUGGAGCUGAUGGUUACGCCAAGCAUCGGGAGGUUAUUAGGAGACAUGCUGCCGCUGUAGUUGAUGUUAUAAUAGAGAUCAGGCGUUUGUUCUAUGAGAGAAGCUUGUUUUUGUAUUGAACUGGAUACCGAAGAGAGGAGGGGAGAGCGAGCAACAAGUGGAAUCUGGUGUGGAGAGACUGAGAUUUCUCACCAUCACCAGCUGGUAUGGAAGAGCACAAGGAGCCCAGCGGCGGCCGGGACUCGACCGAGGACGAGAGCAUGUCCCUGUCGCCGAACCUCCCAUCCCCUGCCAUGAUCCUGCCCCAUCCGGCCGCGCAGCAGGCCCACAGAACCACGAACUUUUUCAUCGACAACAUCCUCCGGCCGGACUUCGGCUGCAGGAAGGAGCCGAGCUACCGCGAGCGGAGCCAGACGCCGGGCAGGGAGAACGUGAACCCGCUGGGAGCGAGGCCGCCGCACGCCGGCAGCCUCUGCCUGGACUCCAACUGCAGCAGCGACAGCGCCUCCUCCUCGCCCUCCUCGUCCUCCUCCACGUCCUCGUCCCCCGCGGCCAAGCAGAGCUCGUCGAAGCCGGGCGAGGCGGCCGGCAACGGGGCCGGCAGAUACGCGGACAGUCCGUCGUCGAUUGUGGUUGUGAGCGGCAGCAAUGGAGGCUCUCCGUCGGGAAUGAAGGAGAGCCAGCCGCUGCUGUGGCCCGCCUGGGUUUACUGUACGCGCUACUCGGACCGGCCCUCAUCUGUUUCCACGCCAGGCCCAAGGACACGCAAACUGAAGAAGAAGAAGAACAGCAAGGAGGACAAGCGACCCCGGACGGCGUUCACGGCCGAGCAGCUGCAGAGACUCAAAACCGAGUUCCAGGCCAACCGGUACAUAACAGAGCAGAGGAGACAGUCCCUCGCCCAGGAACUGAACCUGAACGAGUCCCAGAUCAAAAUCUGGUUCCAGAACAAGAGGGCCAAGAUUAAAAAGGCCAGCGGCUACAAGAACGGCCUGGCGCUGCAGCUCAUGGCGCAGGGACUGUACAACCACUCAACGACCACCGUGCAGGAGGAGAAGGAGGAGAGCGAGUGAGGGGGCCUCCCCACCCCCGCCGCCGGACACUUCCCCACACAGGGCUGGCUGACUCUGGACUUAUGGAGAUAAAUAAAAAAAAAAACAGAACUGGAAGUGGGGGACUGCUAUUUAAAAACACAGAUUUCUGUUUAUGGUAACAGUAUAUGGACAUAAUUAUAUAAGAAAAAAAAAAAAAACGACCAUUAUUAAAAUUUAUAUAGCCACACAGUUAUCAUGUUGUAUACAUCACUGCAUAUUGGAUUUCAGGCCCAUUUUCAAUCCACCAUCUUUUUUUUUUGAAUUUUUUUUUAGGGAUGUCUGACCUUAUAGGUUGUCGUGCUCUCCUCGUCCUUCAUGUUUGCGCCAUAUUUUUCUUCCACAAACCAGUCCACCGGACUCAGCCAAGCCAAAGAUUUUUACUAUGUUCACAUGUAGUCUGAAAUAAAGCAGAAAGAAAAGAGCAA